GUUCAUUUUAUGACGAGUUCAUUUAACCGGCAACAGACUAUAUAAUCUUAUAAAUCUAAGUGGAGUUUCCAAAGUACAAGCAUCCAAAAUGGCAUUAAAAUUGAUGAGUACUGUUAAAUGUUUCGGAGGAGAACAACGAAUAUAUUCUCACGCCUCCGAAGUUCUGGGAUGCGAGAUGAAAUUUGGCGUCUACGUUCCCCCAUCUGCCGUUGAAGGUCACACUUCAUGUCCUGUUUUAUACUUCCUCAGUGGCCUUACCUGCACACAAGACAAUUUUAUACAAAAGUCGGGUUUCCAGCAACAUGCUGCUAAACAUGGCAUUGUGGUAGUUAAUCCGGACACUUCACCCCGAGGUUUGGACCUGCCUGGCGAGGACGAUGAUUGGGACUUUGGCAGUGGUGCCGGUUUCUAUGUGGACGCCACUGAGGAACCGUGGUCUAAAAAUUACAAAAUGUACACAUAUGUAACUAGCGAAUUAGUAGAACUAGUGAACGCCAACUUGCCGGUACUGCCAAAUAAGCGUAGUAUUUGUGGUCACAGUAUGGGAGGUCAUGGUGCAUUGAUAUGUGCUUUCAAGAAUCCUGGUGUUUAUCAAUCGGUGUCCGCGUUCGCGCCAAUCUCGAACCCCAUUCAAUGUGCGUGGGGUAAGAAAGCAUUCUCCGGUUAUUUGGGUGCUGAUGAGGAAUCUUGGAAACAGUGGGAUGGUACUAAGUUAGCAACGGUGUACGCUGGCCCACCAUUGGAAAUUCUGAUAGAUCAGGGUACAAAGGACAAUUUUUAUACGGCGAAACAACUGCUGCCGGAGAAUCUGUUAAAUGUAGCCACUGAUAAUGACCACCUGCAGCUUAUUUUCAAACAACGAGAGGGAUAUGACCACAGUUAUUUCUUCAUUGCCACGUUCAUUGGAGAACAUUUUGAUCAUCAUGCCAAGUUUUUAAAGGCGUAAGCAGUAAAUGUUGAUGUAAGCAAAUCGAAAUGGCGAGUUAACGAACUGCAUUUAUUAUUGUUGUUUGUAGAUAUAUAAUAUGUAAUUGUUGAAGAAAACGUUUGAAUUGGUAAUUUUUGAAAGUGUGAUUAAAGUUACAUUUGUACAUUGUAAAAAAGUAACGUAAA